AUGAAGAUUCUAUCGUGGAACUGCCGUGGGCUUGGGAACCUGCGGGCAGUACGAGCCCUGAAAAGGCUCAUCCACUCUAAAGUUCCUGAUGUGGUACUUGUUAUGGAAACUAGGCUAUAUGAGUCGGAGGUUUUGAGACAUAGAGGGAUUGGUGGUUUGCACAAUGUUUUCCCAGUUCAGUGCGCAGGACAAGGGAGAUCCAGAGCUGGAGGGUUAUGUCUUUUUUGGGGAAGUGAAUUUGAAGUUGAGGUAAUAUCAGCUUCUUUACAUCAUAUUUUGUUUAAGAUUUUUCAUUCUGAGGAUAGAACAGAGAUGAGGUGCUUGGGAGUUUAUGGUUUCCCGGAUGAGAGGAAGAAAGCAACUUGGGAUUUGAUAAACUGGGAGGGGACCCCCCCUGAUAUUGAUAGAUUACAGGAGGUGUCUCAUGCAUGUGCUGAUUGUGAGUUGCAUGAGGUUGAUUUUUCAGGUUACCGGUUCACUUGGUCAAAUAAGAGGAAGAAGCCUGAUACAAUUGAAGAGAGAUUAGAUUAUGCUCUUAUUAAUGAGGCGUGGGGAGCUCUAUGGCCAGUAAUUUCAGUCUAUCACUUACCUCGCUACAGAUCGGACCACAAUCCGAUUCUGGUGUUCAGUGGCUCUCGGAAAAUGAGGAAAGAGUUGGCUAGGUCGAAUUUGUUUCGUUUUGAACAGUUGUGGUUGCAGGCAGGGGAUGAAUGUGCUGAGGUGGUGACCGAAACAUGGGAAAGAAUGAGGGGAGAUCUACCCGAUAAAAUUUCUCAGGUGGGGUCGGUUCUACAGGGGUGGGGAAAGGAAAAAUUUGGAGAUUUGCCGCGAAAAAUUUCAGAUCAGAGAGGCCUUCUAGAGAGACUUCAGAGGAGUGAUCAGACUGAUGAGGUGGUGGAGAGCACCAAGGAGGCCGAAAGGUUGUUAGAUAGUUUGCUUGAGCAAGAGGAGGUCCUGUGGGCACAGAGAUCCAUAGCAUCUUGGCUAAAACUGGGAGACCGAAACACUGGUUUCUUUCAUCAGAAAGCUUCACAGCGGCGGCGCAGGAACCUGAUUGAGCUUCUCAAAGAUGAUAAUGGGAGGAAAUAUGAGGAUGACAGGGACAUUUCUAGAGUGUUGACAGAGUAUUUUGGGACUUUGUUCUCCACUUCUUCUCCGGUAGGGGUGGAAGAAACGACUGCACUUGUGGCUGGGCGGUUAUCACCAGCUCAUCUGGAGAUUCUAGCAGAUCCGUUCACAAAGGAAGAUGUUGAGGAGGCUUUAUUUCAGAUGCAUCCGACGAAGGCUCCAGGUCUAGACGGAUUGCCAGCUCUUUUCUAUCAGAGAUUCUGGUCAGUAAUAGGAGAUGAUGUGGCUCAGUUUUGCUUGGAGAUUCUCAGUGGUGCGAGAUCACCAGGUACAAUUAACCAGACUUUGCUUGUUUUAAUUCCUAAGGUGAAAAAGUCUGUGCAUGCAAACCAAUUUAGACCAAUUAGUUUAUGUUGUGUGAUUUUUAAAAUUAUUACAAAAACAAUUGCAAAUCGGUUAAAAUUGAUUUUGCCUGAUAUCAUAUGUCAUUCGCAAAGUGCGUUUGUACCUGGUAGAUUGAUUACAAACAACGCUUUAAUUGCUUUCGAAUGCUUUCAUUAUAUGAAGAAGAAAAUAAAUGGCCGGAAUGGCAUAAUGGCUUUGAAAUUAGACAUGUCGAAAGCGUAUGACAGAAUUGAGUGGCCUUUUUUGAGGUCGGUGAUGGAAAAAAUGGGCUUCCCACUUUGUUGGGUGAAUUUGAUUAUGAGUUGUGUUUCUACAGUUAAUUUUUCUAUUAUGUUAAAUGGCAAUCCGCAGCCACAGUUUGCACCCGGAAGAGGGUUGCGACAGGGUGACCCGUUAUCCCCUUAUCUGUUCAUCCUAUGUGGUGAGGUUUUUUCUGCACUAAUUGAGCGACAAAUGUUGUCUGGUGGCCUUCAUGGUCUUAAAAUUGCACGUUCUGCACCUGCUAUUUCUCACCUUUUGUUUGCAGAUGAUAGUAUAAUUUUUUCCCGUGCAAGUGUUCAUGAAGCAGAAUGUGUAAAAAAUAUUUUGCGAACAUAUGAACAAGCAUCGAGACAAGUGAUUAACCUGGAUAAAUCAAUGCUUUCGGGUAGCCGAAAUGUGCAUGAAAAUUGUCUUAAUGAGCUUACACAGCUGUUGGGAGUAAAGGCAAUUGAAAAUAUUGACCGGAUGAUUGCCCGUUUCUUUUGGGGCGGAGAUGUGUCUCGGAGGGGACUUCAUUGGACAAACUGGGCUAACUUGUGCAAGAGCAAGUGUGAGGGAGGGCUUGGUUUUAGGGACUUCAAAGCUUUUAAUGAAGCUCUUGUGGCUAAAAAUUGGUGGAGAAUUUACAUGUACCCGGAUUCUUUGUUGGGUAGAGUUUUUAAAGCGGUUUAUUUUCCUUCUGUGACUAUCUUGGAGGCUAGAAAGGGAUAUAGGCCAAGUUAUGCGUGGUCUAAUGGUUCCCCUUUGGUUUAUAGACAGGAAACUGUGGAAGACCUUAGGCUGGAGAAAGUGGCGGAUUUGAUAGAUAAUGGGCGCUGGAAUGUUGAGUUGAUCCAAGAGGCUUUUAGUCCUCUCACUGCCCAGAAAAUUUUGGCAAUUCCACUUGCAAACCAAGGUAAUGUGGAUUCUAUAUAUUGGUUUGAUUCCACUAAUGGUAUUUAUGUGUGUAAGUCAGGAUACAAUUUCAUCAGGUCCUUGGUGGCUAGAGAGGAGGCUUCAACAUCCUCGGGUCCUCUACUCCAGACGAAGCUUUGGCGCAGGUUCUGGGCUAGCCCAGCCUUGCCACGGUGCAAGGAAGUAGCUUGGAGGGCUGUACAAAAUUUUCUUCCAAUGAGAGGAGAACUUGUGAAGAGGGGGAUGCAGCUUGAUCCAUGCUGUCCUUUUUGCGAGACCGAAGUCGAGACAUGUGGUCACUUGUUUUUGAAAUGCCCUGCGGUAGAGAGGGUGUGGUUUGCGUCGGAUUUGGCGAUUAGAACUGAAAGUUUCAGCUCGGUUCAUGCUUUGAUGGUGGCGGUUUUAGAGGAGGAUGAUGUAGAUUUUAUAGCAGCAGUACAACAGCUUAUGUACGUGAUUUGGGAGGCUCGGAACUCCAUGGUGUUUAAUGGGAGGAAUCUGGAUGUGGGAGAUGUGCUGCGGAGGUCAUCCAUGUUGAAGCCUUGGGAUGAUGGUAUUCAUAUUCCUCAAUCACUGACAGCUUCACGCCCUGCAAAUUGGAAGAGGCCAGAGGAAGGAAUUGUCAAAAUAAAUUUUGAUGCUUCAGUUAAGAACGAGAUUGGUGGUCUAGGAAUGGUAGCUCGGGACUCUCAUGGUGCGAUUCUAGGAGCUGCAGCUUUGUAUCCGGUUAGUGUGAUCUCCCAUUUGCUUGGCGAGGCUUGCGGUUUCCGAUGGGCACUGAAGUUGGCGACGGAGUUUGGUUUCCGAUCAGUUUGCUUUGAAACUGACUGCUUACAGCUAUUUGAAUGGUGGAAGAAGGGCUCUAUUGGUUUGUCUUAUUUAGAUACUAUUGUUCGCGAAUGUCGUCUUUUUACUUCUGCUUUUAGUUAUUUUCAGUUUACCUUUGUGAGACGUUCAGAUAACUCUGAUUUCUACAAUAUAUGGGUUGAUAAUAAUGGUCAAGGAACUAUAAGUAAACUAAUAUUUGAAGUCUUAGCUAACUAUAAUUUGAAUGCAUUAAACUUGUGGGGUCAGGCUGGCUUAGGUGAGCUAACUGGUGAGGAUGUAAGUUUUAUUCGAAACGUGUAUACAGAUGACAUGACAGUUCAAUGGGCAAUUCGAGGACAUUCCGGUUUUGGUCGUAUGGUUAGGUCUAAGGAUGACAUUUGGUUAGUUGGUUGUGCAGGACACAUAGGCGUCUCUGACAGCCUCCGCACUGAGAUGUUAGCAAUCUUUCACGACCUUGAUAUCUAUAGGUAA